GGAAUUUAUACCAUGCCCACUUGCCUGAAAAGAAUUGGUGGACCUCUGCAAUUCAGACUCAUCUUCUUCAUAACCUGCAUUUUCACCAUUAAAUACACCUCCAUGCGCCUCACCGUGCAUGCAUAGAUUUGGUUCCUUUCUUUCAACGCCAUUCUACCUCUUGAUAAUCCAAAUUUAGAGUCUCAGAUCAUCUUAACACUGCUAUUGCUUUGAUGGCAUCAAAGAGAAUUUUGAAGGAACUCAAAGACCUGCAGAGAGAUCCACCAACUUCAUGCAGUGCAGGUCCCGUGGCUGAGGAUAUGUUCCACUGGCAAGCAACCAUCAUUGGUCCAAAUGAUAGUCCCUAUGCUGGAGGCGUUUUCCUUGUGACAAUUCACUUCCCCCCUGAUUAUCCUUUCAAACCCCCAAAGGUUGCUUUCAGAACCAAAGUUUUCCAUCCAAAUAUUAACAGCAAUGGGAACAUUUGCUUGGACAUUCUCAAGGAGCAAUGGAGCCCUGCACUCACCAUAUCUAAGGUUUUGCUGUCCAUAUGUUCACUACUAACAGACCCAAAUCCUGAUGAUCCACUUGUUCCCGAGAUUGCUCAUUUGUGCAAGAGUGACAAAGUCAAGUAUGAAUCAGCUGCUCGGAGCUGGACCCAAAAGUAUGCCAUGGGCUAGAGCUUAAACCCUGACAUAUACCAAGAUUUUACUCUUUCCUUCUCUGUCUGUAGGUUUUUCCAUCAUUUUGCUCAGCUAUUAAUCGGACUCAAGUUUGCUAUAUUACAUGAAGUAGUAUACCGAGGUCAGGACUUGUGUAAUCUGAAAGUCUCAUCUCAGAAUAAAUGCUUGACCACUUUGGUUUUGUACUUAAUCCUGAUAAAUUUCAAGUUUGGUUUGCAUUUAAAUAA